AAGAGAGAUACUACAGUGCAUGUGAUGUUAAGAGAGAGAGAGCGGGUGGGGCACUGUAGUGAGUUCGUUUUCACAGGGCCGAAACCUGUUGUGGAUUUACAUAGACAGACGGCCUGUAUGAUACUAUACAGUGGUGUGGGGCUCCAACACCCAGAGGACUGUACAGAGACACGGCACUGUGUGGACUCACACAAGAAAAUCAGGAAAACUUCAUCAGCAUGCAGAGUGUGAGUUCCCCAGGGAGGGGGGGAACCCUGUCGGAGGAGUCGUUCCAGUGUUCUAUCUGCCUGGAGGUCUUUGUGGAGCCCGUCUCUACCCCCUGCGGACACAGCUUCUGCAAGGCCUGUCUGCAGGGCUACUGGGACCACAGCAAGAAGUUCCUGUGCCCCAUGUGUAAGAAGAGCUACAGCCGGAGGCCGGAGCUCAGCAUCAACCGGGUCCUCGCCGAGAUCGCUGCCCACUUCCAGGACCUCGAAGUAGGGGCUGUUUCACCAAACACGAAGGGGGGUGCGGUGGCUGGGAGUCCGGUGGCGGGUCACAGGGUUCAUGGAGAGUCACCAGCAGUUGCGGCGGAGGGUGGAGAGUUUGCCCGGGCAAGCGAGGUGCCGUGUGAUGCGUGCAUCGGGAGGAAGAUGAGGGCACUGAAGUCGUGUCUCAACUGUCCAGGGUCAUUCUGUGAGGCACAUCUCCGACAUCAUAAGAAGGUGAAGUCUCUGACGUUUCACCGCCUCGUGGAGCCUGUGCAUCAUCUGGAGGAGAAGCUCUGUAAGAAGCAUGAGCGCCUGCUGGAGUUCUACUGCCGCAACGACCACGGCUGUGUCUGUAUCUCCUGUGCCGAGGCCACCCACAAGACUCACGAGAUCGUGUCGGUUGACCGCGAGUGGAAGAAAAAGAUGAAUUAUUUGGGCAAGAGGAGGUCGGAGCUGAAAUACAUGAUCAAGGAGCGGACCAAGAAGCUGGAGGAGAUCAAACAGUCAAUACGGGUCAUCAAAGGCUCCGAAGGAACUGGAGGAGAGCUGGCAGGUGUUGCUGUAUGUCUCUGUGCUCAGAAGGAGUUGGAGGAGAGCUGGCAGGUGUACGCGGAGCUUCAGUGUCUAGUGGAGCAGAGCCAGGCUGAGCUGGUGGAGCUGAUCGCUACGAGGGAGCGUGAGGCUGAGAGGCAUGCCCAGGAGCUGGCCCGAGGACUGGAGAGCGACCUGAGUCAUCUCAGGAAGAGGAACGAAGAGUUGGAAGCCCUGGCACAGAACCAGGACAAAGUCAUCUUCCUCCAGAGACUGUCCGCCCUAGCGCUCCUCCCGGAGCCCAUUGAUUGGUCAGGAGUGAGUGUGAACACUGACCUGUACCUGGGUACCAUCCAAUCAUCAGUCAGUGCUCUCGUCGACAAGUUCCAGGAAGAAAUCAAGAGGCUGUAUGGAAAAGAGCUAAGGAAGCUGCAGAACUAUGCAAUUGAGGUGUUCCUGGACCCGGGCACAGCCCAGAGGAACCUGGUCCUGUCAGAGGACGGUCGCCAGGUGAUGUACGAGGAACGAAAGCACAACCAGUCAGAAGGCACUCGCCGCUUCAACCCCGCCCUCUUCGUGCUCGCAUGCGAGUGCCUCUCCUCGGGACGCCAUUACUGGGAGGUCGAUGUGGGCCGUAAGACUGCCUGGACUGUGGGCGUGGUGCGAGCAUCGGCCCGCCGGAAGGGAGAGAUCAAGCUGAGCCCCGAUGGAGGGUACUGGUGCCUGUGGCUGAAAGGUGGGGAGGUCAAGGCCCUGGCAUCCACCCGACUGUCCCUGCAGCUGACCUCUCACCCCCAGAAGAUCGGGAUCUUCCUCGACUACGAAGGCGGCCAGGUGUCGUUCUACGACGUCAAGAAGCACACGCACCUCUUCACAUUUGAGGAUACCUUUAAUGAGAGUUUGUACCCCAUCUUUAGCCCCUGUCUCAAUCAGGAGGGAAAGAAUGCAGCCCCGCUAAUCAUCAGUGCAGUGAAGCAUAGCUGAGAUGAGACAUAGCCUACAUGCCAAAUGCCACCCAAUUCCUAUAGUGCACUAAUUUUGACACAAUGUAUAGUGCACUACUUUUGACACUAUGUAGUGCACUACCUUUUGACCAGGGCCCAUAGAGCUUCAGUCAAAAGUAGUGCACUAUGUCGGAGUGCAUUUAAGACACAACCAUGACAUGACGUGCCCCCUUCUGCUCAGAGGUUGACCAAUCACAGUUUAGUCACUUGAAAAGGGCCUGAGUUGUUCCUCACGGUGUGAUCGUAGCAGGAAAAAUGUUGGGACCCAAAUGAUGGCCUAUCUCCUGUAUAACUACAGCCCAGAGGUUUCCCUGGUCAUACGUUAGGCAAAGCAGUAAACAACUAAACAUGUUAAGGAUCUGUUAAAGAGAUGGUUCUUUGAAUAAAAAACAUAUAUUCUAAAAAUC